AUGGCGCCCGUUGUGCUGGCGGACUCGGACGACGAAGCCGAAGAACUUCUGGAUCCCGAGCAAAUCGUCGAUAAUGAGCAUCCUGGAGCAGUGGCACGAACUGGAAGCGCCACGGGCAACAACGCGAGCACAACCUCAAGCGAGGAACUACAGGAGAGGAUUCGCCGUGCAGAAGCCGAUCUGAUCGCACCGACCGCAAGCGCGAGCAGAAUGUCUAGACAGUCUUCGAUGCCUCCGAGCUCUACUUCUAAGCGUAGACAUACUGCGGUCUUCGUUGCAGAACCAUCUAUCAGCCCGGAGAAGCGAGUCAAGCGGACCAAGACUUCUCAAAAGACAUACUCCAAACAGCGCUCCUCAGGACCUCGAGCUGACGGCGAAGGUGCCUUCUCAAAGUUCCGCACUGACGACGGGGAUGAGCCAGUACGCAGUUCUCGCUCAGCUCGCUUCACUGAGCACUCCGGCGCUGCUGCUUCAUCUAAUGGACUUCCGGCUGGAUCUCUUCAUGCGGACUUCCUUGAUCAUCAGCCGCAGGUUCUGUUCAGGGAGACUGGAAGCACGGCUGUGGAUAAUGAGUCGUCGCAGCAGCGUAUGAUUGAGCAGGCGAGGAAUGGUAUGAAGGAAGUAAGCACUUCUGUCUCAAAGGUCAUUGAGUCGGAUGAGCCGAAGAGCUCAUCGUUCCCUUGGUCGGCUUCUGUGCACACGCAGUCAACGAAGAAGGCGGCUGCAGAAGAGGAUAGGGUUGCUGGACCGGGAGAUGUCCACGAUGAUGGAGCUGACGACGACCCGCCCGCAAAUGGUCCGUCCGCCACUAAUGGGAUUCCAUAUGAUGAGCUCCAAACGGCCGAGGAGGGUGAUAUCAAGCAGGUAGCUCCGGUGGACGCACGAGAAGAACCAGAAUCUGAGGUUGUCGAAGCCGAACAGCCGGAAUCGUCAGCUCAGCUACCUCAGCGUGAUCUGAUCAUUGCACCAAAGUCUAGUCCACGAGUCGAGAUCACGUUACCAGCAGCACGUUUGGACAUUGAGAUUCAAGACGCUACUGAGCAGACGGAGCGAGCUGGCAAAGGCCGGAACCGUAAGACGAAGGCUGAUGAGAGCGAGAAGCUGAGCUCUGAAAGCCAAGCUGUGGGCUUACCAAAGGAGAUGUAUGUGCCACGACCGAGUAAACGACGAGCUACUCACGUUGUCGAAGAAGUCAUCGACUACUCAAUGAAGCCAGAGAAGGCUGCCAAGGCAAGGCGUACGAAGACCACAACAGGAUCUAAACCGACAGGUGGAGAAGAGGCAGCUCCAGACGACACUCGUCGACAAGACACCGAUGCUGGACUGGCUGACAAGAAGGUCAAGCAGAACACUAUCAGUCCGAACAAAGCUGCUACAAAUAUGAGUGCCAUCCAAGUGGACACAAAGAUGCAGAACACGCCUGUAGAUGCAAAGACGAACAUGUCAGCUUCCAGCACGCCACAAGCACAAGCUCGCAAGUCGCCGAAAGCAGAAGCUACCGAGGAUAAGAUUUUCGUCAAGCCAGCUAUGCCAACGACGAGCAAGAAAGCAAAGCGCAGUCAUACCACUAUCUUUGAAGACCAUGUCGACCUCACGGCGUCCCAGCGCAGACCAAGCCUCAGUCAACAGCAGACAGCUCGAAAGAGUGCGCUGGCGAGUAUCGAUGAUUCGACCAGUACGUCAAAGGCCACACAAAGACGUCGCAGAGUGAUUGAUAACGAUGAUGACGAAGACGAGCAGCAUCGUGACGAAGACGAGCUUGCUCUUGAACCGACUUCUGCCAAGGCCCAUCCAAGCGAAGCCAGAAGUGUCGAGCUGGAGGAGCAGCCUACGAAGAAGCGCCGUGGCCGACCUCCAACAAAGAAGGCAUCUGCGAAGUCUGCUGAGCUCAUUGAUGAAGAACCAUCGGGCGAAGACGAGAAUGUUGCUCCCCCUUCAGCAGAAGCUGAGCCCAGAAAGUGUGGGCGUAGUCGUCCGCCGAAGAAGUCGAUCGAGUUGGUGAAUCCGAUAUCAGAAGAGGACACCAUCAAGCAAGCCGAGAAGCCUCCAAAGAGUGGCGCCGAGCCCUGGACGCCAGCGGAGGUAUCCUCACAGAUCCCUAAUGGUGCCACCAGCGGUACACAAGAGCCAACCCCGUCUCCAGAAAAGAGACCAGUGCCCGGUAAUAUAUCGACACCACCUCAAAAGUCGAGCCCGACGUCACACUCACCAAUCAAGAGCUCUUCCAUAGUACCACUGCGUGUGGGCCUGAGCAAGCGUCAGCGCAUUCCUUCGCUCCUUCGCGUUAUGAGACCUCCAACCCAGCGCUGA